GAGAGAGAGAGAGUCAGUCUGAGUGGCGGGAACAGAGAGAGACAGAGCUGAGAGGAGAGGAGGAGAAGAGACAUCACCUUCAUCUUCUUCAUCCUCUUCUUGGUGGUUUCCUCUCUAACAUCCUGACAUGGACCGGACCUCCAGCCCCUCCACCGACCCUCUCUUCCACUCCGACCCGCCCUACAGCGCUCCCAUCCCGGCCAGCUCCCCGCGCCGCCCCGCUGCUCACCUGUCCGGAGCUCACCUGAGCAGCAGCAGCAGCAGCACCGCUCCCCCUCCUCCUCCUCCUCCUCCUCCUCCUGCUCCUCAGACGGAGUGUCAGCUGGUGGAGGUCCACGGGGUGAAGGUGGCCUCGUUCCAGGUGAACGGUGUGGAGCUGAUCUGCCUGCCGCAGGUGUUCGAGCUGUUCCUGAAGCACCUGGUGGGCGGCCUGCACACCGUCUACACCAAGCUGAAGCGGCUGAGCAUCAGCCCGGUGGUCUGCAGCGUGGAGCAGGUCCGAGUCCUGCGGGGGCUGGGAGCCAUCCAGCCGGGAGUCAACCGCUGCAAGCUCAUCACCAGGGCCGACUUCCAGGCGCUCUACCGGGACUGCACCAACGCCAGCUCUCGACCAGGUCGUCCUCCCAAGAGGACGCUGGGCGUGGCCACGAUGACGGACGGCUCCAGACUCCUCCCACAUGGCCUGAUAAGCCCCGCCCUGCUGUCACAGACAGGUCUGACGGCGGCGGCGAUGGCCGAGGCUCUGAAGCUGCAGAAGAUGAGGAUGAUGAUGGGUUUCCACGGCAACAGCGAUCAUCUCCGACAGCACAACGGAGCCGAUUCAGAGAACGAUGACACAGGAGGCAGUGAAGGCUCCUGGGAGAAGGAGCAGCGCCUCCUCUCUCCUCCUCCUCCCUCCUCCUCAGUUGUGGCGCCUCCUCCUGGUUCGGCGUGUCUCCACCUCAACACGCUGCAGCAUCACAGCGCGCUAUUGGCUAACCGUCUGUCAGACUUUCCUUUUAUGGUCAUGCCACACCCCCUCCUCCCUGUGGGCCUGCCCCCUGCCAGCGUUGCCAUGGCGAUGAACCAGAUGAGUCAGCUGAGCAGUUUGGCAAACAUGGCCGCCAUGUCACAUGUUCAGAUGGAAGACAGCAAGGCGUCUCCUCCAGGAAGUCCCUCCCCCUGCCCCUCCCCCAGUGAUGAUGAGCUCCACCACCGAGAACCAACCAGCCAAUCACCUUCCAGAGCAUCUUCAUCAGCCUCAUCAUCACCUCCUCCUCCAGCACACACACCGGAGCCGGACGGAGAGAUUGCAGAGCGAGAAAACAACUUUAAAAAGGUGUCGAGAGAAAAAGACGACAUCCAGUUGCCCCUCCCCCUCGUCAAACCGACCUAUGAGAGGCUGCCGCUCACCUCUCAGCCACUGUCAAUCAACCACGCAAACCCCACCUUUGCUCCGUUCCUGUUGGCUGAGGGUCUGUCAUCCAUGGAGACGCUGCUGACCAACAUACAGGGUCUCCUGAAGGUGGCGGUGGAGAGUUCUCGUUCUCAGGACAAACACAACCAGCUGGAGAGGAAAGAGUUAAAACUGGAGCUGGAGAGAGAGAGAGACGCGAGACAGACACUCCAGAGACAGCUGAGCUCUGAGCUACAGACCAGAGUGUCGAUCCAGAGGAGGCUGAAGAAGGAGAAGAAGUCGAAGAGGAAGCUGCAGGAGGCGUUAGACUUUGAGUCGAGGAGGAGAGAGCAGGUGGAGAGAGCGCUGACAGAUGCAGUGAUCCCUGACAGCGAACUGGAGAACAAACAGCAGGAAAACUCUGCAGUUCAAGAGAACCGACCGUUCAGCAAACCACCACUCCUCUUCUGACCUGUUGAAGGGAUGAACUGAUGAACUACUGAAUCGAUGAAGGGAUGAACUGAUGAAGGGAUGAACUGAUGAAGGGAUGACCUGAUGAACCGAUGAAGGGAUGAACUACUGAACCGAUGAAAGGAUGAACUGAUGAAGGGAUGAACCGAUGAAGAGAUGAACUGAUGAACUACUGAACCGAUGAAGGGAUGAACUGAUGAAGGGAUGAACCGAUGAAGGGAUGAACUAAUGAAUGGAUGACCUAAUGAAGGGAUGAACUACUGAACCGAUGAAGGGAUGAACUGAUGAAGGGAUGAACCGAUGAAGGGAUGAACUACUGAACCGAUGAAUGGAUGAACUGAUGAAGGGAUGAACCGAUGAAGGGAUGAACCAAUGAAGGGAUGAAGAGAUGAACUGAUGAACUACUGAACCGAUGAAGGGAUGAACUGAUGAAGGGAUGAACUAAUGAAGGGAUGAACAGAUGAAGAGAUGAACUGAUGAAGGGAUGAACUAAUGAAGGAAUGAACUGAUGAACCGAUGAAGGGAUGAACUGAUGAAGGGAUGAAGAGAUGAACUGAUGAAGGGAUGAACUAAUGAACCGAUGAAGGGAUGAACUGAUGAAGGGAUGACCUGAUGAACGGAUGAACUGAUGAAGGGAUGAUGAGCACAGCGAGUAAAGAAGAAGAGUCGGACCUCCUGAAAAAGAAAAGCCGACGAUGGAAGAAUAAAAAAAGAGGAACUAAAUACUCAAAAUCCCAUCAGCCACCUCUCUCUGCUUCCUGUUUCUAAUUAUUAUUAUUAUUAUCAUCAUCAUUAGAAGGGAGCGCCGUGUCAACAGGACGGGACACUUUGAAAGGGGGAGGAGUUUAAAUGUCACCGUCAUUGGACCACCUGUGAUGUCAUCAGGUGAAACACCUGGAGCUGGACAGGACUCCUGUUAGCCCCGCCCCCUGCUGGACCUGCUGACAGUUCCCACCUGUAGGGGGCGGAGUCACACCUGAACGUGUAAUUAAUGUUUCUGUAUUUCAUGUUUAGUAGUUAGAAGUGAUACAAGUCGUAGUACUGGUACUACCUUCAGUAGUACUUGAUGUAGUAGAAGUACUGUUACUGUUCAUUUGUCGAGAUUCUCGAUGUAACAAGUAACGGAACUUAACGAGCUCUGACCCUUAACGAGCUCUGACCCGUAACGAGCUCUGGCCCAUAACGAGCUUUGACCCUUAACGAGCUCUGACACAUAACGAGCUCUGACCCUUAACGAGCUCUGACCCUUAACGAGCUCUGACCCAUAACGAGCUUAACGAGUCCCAGACCUCAGGAGUGACAUCCCAGGUUGGGCGUGGUCAGAAGGGCAGCGACAGCCUUAACGAGCUCUGAGGUUUAACGAGUACAGAAUCGCAGCCUGUCUGGAGGUUAAAAUACUCUGAUCACAGGAAGUGAUGUCACCACGUAACAUAGUGCAGUGUGACGUCACAGACUGGGCGUGGUCAGAAGGGCAGCGACAUGCUUAACGAGCUCCGGUCCUUAACGAGGCAGCAGUUACAGCUGAUUAGAUGAUGUUUGUUCUGUUUUUAUUUUACAGCUCAAUAAACUGUAAAGUUAUUAUUAUUAUUAUUAUUAGUUUUUAACUGUAAAUACUGAACGUGUCUGAGUGGGUGUUUAGGGGUCGGGGUUCAGGAUGAAAUCAGAACAAUCGGAGCUCAUUUAAACCUUUUCUGUUUCAUGUUUACAGAAAAUAAAACCAGAUUUAAACCUGAAA